AUGAAAGAGUAUUUGGGGAUCCCUAGUAUUUGCGUCAACGGGGGAGAGGGGGGGAGGAAGGGGAACUCUGUGGACUGGGGUCCUGAAAAGCGACUCGGCUUCCCUGCCGCACCCGAGCUCGCAGCGGCACCCCCCCCCCCCCCCCCCCAUGUCGUCGCCUGCGCUCCUCGGCCACGCCACAACGCUCACGCUCUCGACCACCGGCGCCUCCUCCGUCCCGGCGCCCGGCAACUCCUCGUCCGCGGUUUAUCCAGAGCCGCCGCUGCGACGCCUCGCGCCGCCGCGACCCCGGGCCUCGCCUGCUCCCGCCACCCAUCCGUGGCCGGCGCCCCCUCCACCGCCCCACCACAGCGCGCAGGCGGCGGCAGCGACCUCGUGGCGCUCACCCUUCUCACUGCUUCCGCGGUUGCAGUAUCUGCAUGCUUGAUAUUCUUUGCGGCAAUUCGCUCUUUGCUGGCAUGUAGGAGGGAGGCAGAGUUUCUCGAGAAAUACUUUGAUUCAGCAAGACAGAAACUACCUGAAUCUAUGGCUUCAUUGAGACUGGUUGGAAGGGAGGUUGGUGACUUGGUUGCGGAUCUUAGUGAUUUAAGUCAAGAAUUGACAAAGGGUGUAAAAAGUUGCAUGAGCAUUGUUCAUACCGCCGAUGCUCAACUUCGCCAGCGGAUACCCCCUGCCCUGCCAGGAUCCGCGCGGAGGAUGUCUAAUCAGAAGAACGUGGCAGAGGACCCGUUGCUGGCUAGCACCUUGAGAGAUCUGCGUGAGUUGAUUGCAGAGAACCGAUCAGGAUUUGGAGCAAUGGCUAGCAUCGCUAGCCUUUUCAUGUGGGCCACAAACUUUGUUUCAAGGCGCAGUAAGAAACGCUUAUAAUUUUUUUGAAUAAAACGAGUGGUCAAACUUAGUGUCAAAAAAGUCAAACAAGUUAUAAUUUAGAACAGAGAGUAUCAAAUAGACACGAUUUGAACUAGUGCACUAGCUUAACCAUGGGAGGCAGGCGGCCUUAGGCGGCGGCCGCGAGCUCUACUACUUUUGAUUUUUUUUGGAUAUGUUAUGAACAAAUAGCCACAAGAUCUGUGUAAAAUUUAUAACAAAUUGAUAAUUUUGCACAUGAUUGGCAGUGAAAACUUUAUAUCUAGUACUUAUCCUUUUCGAAAUAUAGGUUGUUUUAAUUUUUUAUGUACAUAGUUUUUUUUAUAUACUAGACAUUUUGUGCAUAAAAAACUAUGAAUAUCAAAAAAUCAAAAGGUUAAAACAACCACUAUAAUUUGAGAUGGAGAGAGUAAUCUUAAGUUCACUAUUCAAUGUUAGACCUUUCAUAUUUUGUAAGAACGUUUGUACGAAUAGAUAGAAAUAAAAUAUUUUGAUAACAAAUCAACUAUUACUUCUGAUAUUUUACUUGAGAUAGUAUUUACCAUACUAAAAAAGAAUGUUGUUUUGGACAAGAUUUGGAUCAAACAUUGAAAAUAUAAAUCAUAAAUAAUUUUUAAGUUGUUGAGUUUCAAAAUACAAAAAACUAUAUGAAUAAAUUUGUCUUGAGAAAUACUUUCAUAAAAAUAUAAAUAUAUCAUUUUGCAAUAAAUAUUUUUUAUAAAAACAAGAAGUCAAAGUUAAGCUUGGGAGACCGCGUCGCUGUCCAAGACUAUAUUUUUUCGAGUAUGGAGGGAGUAAUGGUCAAAUAUAUACAGUUUAAAAUAAAAGCUUUACAUUAUUUUGAAACAGAGGUUAAAAAGAAAGUUUUUGUUUUAUAGGAAAGGUUAGAAAGAAAGUUCAUUAGAUUAUUGUAGAAUGGAUUAAUUAGACUUAUUAGAUUCGUCUCACAAAAAUGUUUAGAAGUUAUAAGGCGAUGAAUUUUAAUAGUAAUCUAUAUUUAAAUUAAUACUCUAAAUAUCGAGAUUAUGGAAAGCUAUUUCUUAACCCUCGGAUCUAGGGAUGAAAACGGUCGGGAACGGUCGGGAAAACCCCUCAACCGUUCCCGCAACUGUAUUUUUUGGUCGGGAACGGAAACGGGAACGGGAAAAUCGGACGGGAAAACGAAAUCGGUAUUACGGGAUAUCGGGAACGGAAUCAA